AUGUCUGCGCAAGUGAAGCUUUUGGGACAAUGGGUAAGCACAUUCAGCCGUAGAGUCGAGCUCGCCUUGAGGUUGAAGGGAGUUCCUUAUGAUUAUAUUGAAGAGGAUCUUUCAAACAAAAGCAGUUUGCUUCUCGAGUCCAAUCCAGUGUACAAAAAGGUCCCUGUGCUGAUCCAUGGAGGAAAGACAAUUGUAGAGUCUCUUAUCAUAAUUGAAUAUAUUGAGGAUACUUGGAGUACUGGGUAUUCCCUGCUCCCCAAGGAUCCAUUUGAGAGAGCCAAAGCAAGAUUCAUCACAAGGUUCAUAGAUGACAAGGAACUUUAUGUAUCUUUAACUGCGCAUCAAAAAUGGUACAAAUUCAGUUCUGAUCCAUAUCGUAAGCAGAUCAAUUUAUCACCAAGCAUAAUUUAA